AUGAAGAUGUGUCGAGUAUUCUUUGCUAUGGCCGUGCUAAGUUUGUCACUUGCAGUAAAUUCCACCUCAUGGGACUAUCGUCACCAUCAAGCAUCAAGACAUCGCUAUACUAUCGAAAGCACCAAGACUGCCAUGGAUGCAGCAUUACAGACCCCUCACCCACAUCUCGACAUUCGCAGUAUCAAGGUGAUUCAAAGCAGUGAAAACCAGCCAGUGCAUGGUGAUACCAGAGUACGAGCAGAUGUGGUUGGUUUUGAAAAGGACGUGGAGGCUUUUGCUGCUGCUGGGCCAUUGCAGUCGAUCACUAGUAUCCACGUUGGUAAUCAUGUCCAAGGCAAAAUCUCCACGACGUUGUCACCGAUGAAGGUUCUCAAACAUGAAGGGUAUAGUGAAAACCAAGUGAUUGCAAAGGAUCGAGGCGAGGUCUUGGCUUGUAUGGAAGGCACGGAGGGCUAUUUGGAUGACUUGAAAGGGAAGACGGGCAAGGAGUCAAUGCUGUACACAAAGAACCCAUUCUUUGACUGUUUUCGACCGUCACAUGAGGUUUUUGACUUCUUGGACACGAUGACGGAACAGAAUCCUGACUUCAUGACCAAGUACGAAAAUGUGUCGAUCACGUACGAAGGACGAGCGAUUCCGGCUUUCAAGAUUUCUACCACGGCAAAACGAGAAGAAGUGAUGGCUAUGCCCAAAAAGACGCUGUAUACACAAGCACUCAUUCAUGCUCGAGAAUGGCAGGCAGGAGCUGCAACUUUCUACACGAUGGCGUCGAUGCUGGAUGAGUUACGAGCUGGAGACAAAGCUGCUAUCAAUCUCUUUGACAGCUUUGACUGGUAUUUCGUACCGAUCGUGAAUAUUGAUGGAUAUCAGUAUACGUGGAAAGUCAAUAGGAUGUGGCGCACGAAUCGACACUUGGUGCAUUUGAAUGGUCAGGAGGUUGGCGUGGAUCUUAAUCGGAACUGGCCACCCGAGGAAUAUUUCAACCUUGAUCCGAGCAAUGUCGAUCAGGAGACGUAUCCAGGUGAAUAUCCACUCAGUGAAGUAUCAAGUGCUGGUUUAUUUGAUUUCAUCCGAACUCUGGAUUCACUUGGUGGAAUUCUCGAUAUGCAUGCAUUUGGUGGUCAAGUGCUUCGUCCAUUUAGUAAUCAACCAGGUAGUGGAGACGAACCAUUUGGUUCAAAGAUGCGUACACUGGGGAAUAGUGUACGCAAUGCACUAUCGACACACCCAAAUGUACAGUAUACAAGUGAAACUGGAGCUAAUCUCUAUAGAGCCUAUGGAUGUUUUGAUGAUGGCAUGUUUUUGGAAUUUAAUUAUACUGUACCAGCAUUGACAAUUGAAGUGGAAGGGAGUGACUUUAUAUCACCUCAAGCUUCCAUUCGGUCUGUUGGUCAAAACAUUCACUUGGGUUUGCGUCAAUUUGCACAGGAAGCGCAUGAGUAUACACAACAAGAAGAAGUGGAGGCGGAUGUUCGCAAAGAAGAUCAACUGUAUAUUAACGAAUUUGGACGGAAUAAUGCGCUACUGCAUGAAAUUCGUGACCAAAAGAAGGUGUUGAAGGCCAAAUUGGAUACUUUGGACGAUGCCAAUACGGACCUCAUGAUGGGCGAAGGUGACAAUGUCCAAUUAUUUAUUGGGGAGAGCUUUGUCGAGACAUCCGAGGAAUCGGCUCAAGAACACAUUGAAAAAAGGGUGGAGGAAGCAAAUACGGAACUCGAGAAGCUGCAAGCAGAGGAAGCUAAGCUAGAGGCUCGACAGUCGAUUCUGAAAAAGUUGCUAUACAGCCGCUUUGGCCAGAGCAUUAAUCUGGAGGACAGCUAA